AAUACUGUUAAAGUAAGGAUGAAGAGCCCCACUCUUGCUCUGUUUCUCUUCUCUGCCCUGUUGGCUGCGGUGGAGGUAAGAAGCAGGGACACAGUGAAGCUCUGUGGCCUCGACUACGUGAGGACAGUCAUCUACAUCUGUGCCAGCUCACGCUGGCGGAGACAGCUGGAGGGGGCUCCCCACACUCUGCAAGCCGAGACAAGAAAUCACUUCCAGCUCUCAGACAGACAGGAGGCAUCCAAGGAAACUCUUGAGAAAAACCUUCCCAAGAUGGCUGUCUCAGGACAGGAGCUUGUUCAGGAUUCACAGGUGCCCAUGGAAGGGCUUGGAGAGUCAAAGAAGCACCCGGUGGUGUCCAGACGAGAUCUGCAAGCUCUGUGCUGCACAGAAGGCUGUUCCAUGACUGAGCUCAGCACCUUCUGCUAG